GUCUCAGAGAAGUUAUUGUCAUUAGUUAUAGAAGUAAUGAUAUUAUUACUCAUAGUAGUGACAUUAUUAUUAUUGAUCUUAGGAGUAUUACUAUUGUUGGUCUUAGGGGUGCUACUAUCAUUGGUCUUAGUGAUAGUG